UGGCGAAAAAUUGUGGCGUUCGUUAAGCAUGCUAACACCGAACCGAACGCGACGGCGCGGGCACGCAUGAGCCGUACCGAGCACGCCUCGGAAAGCGCAAAGAUUUGCCUUCAAUGAACGGAAGCGCUCGGCCGACUGACAAGUGCAGAAAAGGCAGUCAAACCGUUAGGCAGUGGCACCCGCGUCGUGACGGAUUGGCAGACACAAGCUACACCAGCACACAAAAAAAAAAAAAAAACACUCAGAGGCAGAAAUAAUGAGACUGCUGCUGGUGGUGUGUGCCCCUUGGACGCAUUGAGUAGCGGCCCCAUCCACCAAAUACACCAGGAACCUCUAAACAGGAGCAGCAGCGGCAGCAACAACUACGAAGGAUUUUUACAGUGUGUAGUGCUUUGUUCGCUUCCCUUCCCCGUUUUGGACUCCUCGACUAUUGACCACGCCAGGAUCAGAUUGUGCCCGUUCGAUUGUUCGACUGUUGGUGGCGAAAGGUGCUGGUUGCGCUUUUUUCUUCCCGACCUUCACGUCCGUGUGUGUGUGUGUGCGUGUAAGUGCGUGUGUAAGUGUGCAUGGCGCACUGUACUUCACAGCAAAAUUCGGUCCCAUCAGGACAUUGCGCGAGGACGGGUGAACUUUUUCCGCUCGUGCCGCCCCGCGUGUAAGAGGAGCUUUUGCUUUUUCGUGCUCGCGAAAGUGUUUAACCGUCGGAUGCAACAAGCAAGCAGCGAAGGUGGUGGAACGCGUGCCACCCUCGGCUGGUCGGUGAAGCAAUAGUGAAUUCGCACUAAAGUGGGUACUUCUUGGGCCACAACCGAGCGGAGAAGCAAAUCAAAAAGUGCUGUGUAUGUGUGCGUGUGUGUGUGUGUGCAUCAUCCAUCCCAACGGAAAGGAAGCAACGCGCGAUACGCCGUCCCGCCCCCGCACCGACCACACGCGCAAACACACGGUGGUCUCCUGUGCCCCUCUGGCCUUCUGGGUGCUGCUACCUGUGUUUCUGCCUCCGUUUUUCUGCACAAGGACAACAUCAUCAUCAUCAUCAUCCAUCCCGCUCCCAGCCCUUCCCAGCAACAGCCGUGAGCAACAAGGAAACGUAUUUCAGCAAUCUACAAGCAAUAGAACAUCGCCGAAGCAGACUACUCGACGUGGCAAUGGUUACCGGUCGUGAUCACGUGGCGGCAGAUGAAAAUUAAGCUAUCCAACACCUUUGCCCCAUUUAGCUAAUUCAAUUUGCAUGUGCACUUUAGCGCUGCAUACCCGUUCUGUACCCGCCCAAACUGGCCCACACAUUGCGCGGCACAGCCACACAGCCACAGUAGCAGUGAACGCAAUACACGCAGUACGCAGUGGCACUGCCAUGCACUUGCAUCCCGCCGUCGUCCAGCGGAUUGACAUUGUUGGUUGUUGGAUUUAUGGUAACGCCAGUGGAAUUGAAAGUAACCUCCCGCCUGCCACGCCUGGGUCACCUAGGAAUUGAACGCAAUCACUGUGUGAAUUGAGGCUGGAUGCGCACCACCGUUGCGGCGCAUUGCAACGGCCACUGACCGGGCAGGACGGAUUAAGCACGAAAGGAUACACACGACAGGUGCGAGAAGCAGCAACGAUAAUAUAGCUCAAAGAAGCGCAACACUCCUCCCUCCUUCGCGCUCAAGAAACCACACACCGCUGCCGCUGUUGUUCGCAUUUCCGAUGAAGAUCAUUAAAAGCGCGUGAAAUGUGUAAUCGCUCAGCGCGGCGAACAGUUUCGAGUGGCGUUGCGUUCAACGAUGUAUUUUGUUAUGGAUUUGUAUCUCAUCGUUUUGUGUCUGCUGGUCAUCUACAUUAAGGACAGUUUGCAGGGACCGCACGAGAAACGACUGCUGAACAAUCUACUGGCAACGUACAACACGCUCGAACGCCCGGUCGCCAACGAGUCCGAUCCGCUGGAAGUGAAGUUCGGGCUGACGCUGCAGCAAAUAAUCGAUGUUGACGAAAAAAAUCAGAUACUCACUACCAACGCUUGGUUGAAUCUGGACGAGAAGAAUCAACUUUUAAUAACGAACAUAUGGCUGUCGUUGGAAUGGAACGAUUACAACUUGCGCUGGAACGAUUCCGAAUACGGUGGUGUGAGGGAUUUGAGAAUUACCCCGAACAAACUUUGGAAGCCGGACGUGCUGAUGUACAACAGUGCUGAUGAAGGAUUCGACGGAACAUAUCAUACGAACAUAGUUGUGAAAAACAAUGGAAGCUGUUUAUAUGUUCCUCCCGGUAUUUUUAAGAGCACGUGCAAAAUCGACAUCACGUGGUUCCCGUUCGACGACCAGCACUGUGAGAUGAAGUUCGGCAGCUGGACGUACGAUGGCAAUCAGCUGGAUCUCAUACUCAACUCGGACGAUGGAGGUGAUCUGUCGGAUUUCAUCACGAACGGCGAAUGGUAUCUCAUAGGAAUGCCCGGAAAGAAAAAUACAAUAACAUAUCAGUGUUGUCCCGAGCCGUACGUGGACAUAACGUUCACGAUACAGAUACGGCGACGGACACUUUACUACUUCUUCAAUUUGAUAGUUCCAUGCGUCUUAAUUUCUUCGAUGGCCCUGCUCGGAUUCACGCUUCCACCGGACUCGGGAGAAAAGUUGACCCUUGGUGUAACUAUACUGCUAUCACUCACUGUAUUCCUUAAUUUAGUUGCGGAGACGUUACCUCAAGUAUCCGAUGCAAUUCCGUUACUAGGAACGUACUUCAACUGCAUUAUGUUCAUGGUCGCCUCGUCGGUCGUGCUGACGGUUGUCGUACUGAACUACCAUCACCGAACCGCCGAUAUCCACGAGAUGCCUCCCUGGAUCAAAUCCGUUUUCCUCCAGUGGCUACCGUGGAUACUGCGGAUGGGUCGACCGGGGCGAAAGAUCACGCGCAAAACCAUCAUCCUGAGCAAUCGGAUGAAGGAGCUGGAGCUGAAGGAGCGAUCCUCGAAAUCGCUGCUAGCGAACGUGCUGGAUAUCGAUGACGAUUUCCGCCAUCCCUGUUCCGGCAUUUCUGGCUCGACCACCGCAAUAGGAGGGUCAGUCUUUACGCGUCUAACAACGGUCGAGGAGCAGAACGUCAGUUCCGGAUGUUCGCACAAGGAUUUGCACCACAUACUGAAGGAAUUGCAGUUCAUCACGAAUCGCAUGAAGAAGGCGGACGAGGAACAGGAAUUGAUCAGUGACUGGAAGUUCGCGGCGAUGGUUGUUGACAGAUUUUGCCUUUUCGUGUUUACAUUAUUCACAAUAAUAGCGACCGUCACUGUGCUUCUAUCGGCUCCUCAUAUAAUAGUGCAAUAAACACGGCUUACUACCUGCGCGAGCAACCCGCGGCAGACGGCAACCAAGGGAAGGGGGAGAGAAAACACAGUAUAUAUACAUAUAUACAAACACGCAUAAAAUAUAUACAUAUAUUUUAUAAAUAAGUAGAGCGCGCGUCGUAUGAAAAUAGUUUGCAGUGAUUCUAGUUAAAGCAAAUGCGUAUGAUAGUGGGGGAGCGAGCAUUUUAAAAAGCAAAAGCGAUUCCAAUUAUCAAAGCGUUGACGCCCUCGUACUGCCGAAAUUCCCCGUUUGCAGUGUAGCAUGCAAACAACAAAACAUCAAUAUAAAACACUAAGUGAAAAUCGAUGCCAAAGCACGCGCCAGAGGCCCGGGACUGAUUUCUUUGCGCGAGAAGGCCACACCUUAGCUGGAAAGGUGUGUGUGUGUGCACGACCAAUGUGAAUAGAGCGCCCGGAGCACGACGCGCCGAAAUUCGGAUCGUCCCUUCGCCGGAGAAACGGGAGCGGCUCAGUGUGGCGUUUGCCGUCUAUUUAACUGUUCACUUUUCUUUACCACGUUCUGGCACCAUCCAUCCCGGAGGCAGCACGACAACAGCAGCAAGAGCAAAUAGACCACGAAAAUAGGAAGUGAACCCGAGCAACGGCGCAAUUGGUAGUUCCUUCUGCAGGACGUGCUGCUCUGGUUUCUGUGUUCCAUCCUUGGUUUUAUCGAAUCGUUCAUCAUACUAACUUUCGUGUGUCUCCGUUAUGCGUAAAAACGAGUGAGACAGGCACCAAGAGCUGUGUAAGAUGCUGCUGCUCAUGUGAGGCAAUGAUACAACCGAUGCGCACAUGUUCGUCGUAUACACCCUACCAUCGACUGCCAACGUCAUCUGGCUAGCUGCGCCACGAAACUCUACACCAUCAAUCGAUGCAGCAAAGUAAUUUAUUGCAGCAAAUCUACUACAUCCUGAGCAACAGGCUAGUAGUAGAAUCAACAGAACAAAGGUUCCCCUUUUUUAAAGGAAACCAUAAAUGGGGCAAAACAAAAACAAACAAACAAAACAUUUGAGGGCUAAUAGUGGUCGCCGUGAUGCGAACUGCAAAAUAGACUGCAAUCAAUGCUGCGAGCGAACGUACGAACACGUUACAAGAGUAAACGAAUACCACCAAAAGCAAGCACAAUGCGCGUAAAGUAAUGGAAACAACAGGGACAACAACAUGGGUAAAGAGAGACACGGGAGCAGGACUUUUUUUAUGAAUUAGAACAAGGUAUGAACAAUGGAAAUGAUACAGCCAACAAACAAACAAAAACACGGCACCGAUUGAAAGCGAUAAAGGAAGGGACGCACGCGGGGAAUAGAGAGGACGUAUAUUAUAAUCAAGCAUCUUGAUUUGAUACGAGGACGCUGUUUGAUACUGUAGUGUUGUAUUUUUGGAACUAGUAUACUAAGUGUACUGCAAGGGAGGAAAAAGAAGAAGAAGUAGCAGAAGCUAAAUCGAACGACUUGAUUAAAGUACUUUUAUAUUGAAGACUACUCAUCUAUAUGUAGAUGGUGUAAUGGUAAAUUAUUUUAAUUGUGUUUUAAACAAAACAAAAUCAAUACUUACAAUGAUAAGCAGGCUGAGCAUGCAUGGAUGUGCACAUAAGUUGUACGUGUACGUUUACGUGUGGAGGAAAAAGAGGGAAUAAGAGAACCGGAGAGGAGGGGAAAUAAUGUAGAGAGAAGAUUUAAGGAAGCGUUACUUUAAGUAGCAAAAGUUUAAAAUCACGUAUAUGUUUAAUAUAUGCGUGACAGAGGAAAAGCGAGAUAGUGGGACACAGAGAGUAAAAAAAAACAACUACAGAACAAACUUGUCAUAGAGUUCGAAUAUAAAAUUAUAAAUUUGCUCUUUCACGGUGCAAACUGCAAGCAAAAAAAAAAACUACACGACUCUCUUACUAGAAGAAGCAAAUCGAAUAGGUGCAACAAAUAAUUAUGAUAA